AUGUCUCUCUUCACCUUCCCCCGCCUUGUCCAAAACGAGUUCGCAGGCGCCUUCCGUCUGCUCGACGAGCUCUCGGCAGUAUCACGACACACCGCAUACACGCAAGCGCCUCGCACCUUCGCACCUCGCUUCUCCUACCGCGAGAACAAGGACAACUAUGAGCUGAAGGGCGAGCUUCCCGGCGUCGAAUCGAAGAACGUCGAGAUCGAAUUCACCGACAACUCUACCCUGAGCAUCCGCGGCCGGACCGAAAGCCAGCGCGAAGAGGGCGAGCGACCGGCGGCAGAGUCCAGCAAGUCUGUUGAAGCUCAGCCCGAACAAUCGAAGAGCGCCGACAGCGAGACCAGCAGUUACCACAAGGCCAGCGUAGAAGACGAGUCCGACGCCACCAUGUCCGGCGCCAACACCGAAGCCGCACCGACGCCAGCUGAGAGCGUCGCAACCACCGCCGGGGCGCCGCAGGAAGUCGCUCAGGCGCCGAAGAAGGAGCCUGGGUACUUCUACUCUGAGCGGUUAGUUGGACAGUUCGCACGUACAUUCAAUUUCCCUCGCGGAACCGUCGACUCCGAGAACGUCAAGGCCAGCUUGAAGGAUGGCAUUCUUUCGAUCGUUGUGCCUAAGUUGGCGGCACCGGGCAGCAAGCGCAUCAGCAUUGAGUAA